CUUUCACUGCCGAAGACCAGUUCCAAUACUCAAGAACAGAAGUACAGAGGACAGUAAAAAUCCCCAGAUGUCGUUCUUGUCCCAUUCCAAAUACCAAUGAUAAAUCCUCUCCGAACGAGAACGAUCCCACGAUUCAUUGCGCCUCGAGUUCGUGGAAGCCAAAGGUUGCAAGACCGAUCUUUGAGUUUUUGAUAUUGAGAAACGCCCCUGGAUUCUCGUCCCACCAAUAACUAUAAUUAUAUAUAAUAUAACGUUCUGAGAGCAGCUGAGUAAUAAGGCAGGAGCGAUGGCAAGCUUUGGUAACUUCACGCACGCGAUUGUCCGGGGUAUUCCUGCAUCACUGGUCCGCGAAGCGCUGAGAAGCAGUUUUUGUGAGGUGGAUUUGGCCGCCGCGCAGCACCAGCUGCAGUUACACAUUGGCACCCUAAAGGACGAACUGGGACUCCAGGUAGUUGAACUACUCGCUGAUGAAAGCCUUCCAGACUGCGUGUUCGUGGAGGAUUGCGCGGUUGUGUGCGGAGACACCGCGCUGAUCACCAGACCUGGGGCGCCCAGCAGAAGGAAGGAGACCGAAGCCAUGAAGAGUGCCCUGCAAGAGCUGAACUUAAAUAUUGUAGAAAUGGAGGAUGAUACUGCCACCUUGGACGGAGGAGAUGUACUGUUCACAGGGAGAGAGUUUUUCGUUGGUUUAUCCAAGAGGACCAACCAACGUGGGGCAGAAAUCCUUGCAUGGGCAUUCAAGGACUUCCCAGUGUCCACAUUACCUGUUUUUGAAGGCCUGCACCUGAAGAGUUUCUGCAGCAUGGCAGGUCCAGAUCUAAUUGCAUUUGGCUCCAGUGAACCUGCUCAGAAGACCCUGAAGAUCUUGCAGCAGUCAGGUAAUCAUCAUUAUAACACGCUGAUAUUGCCCGAUGAUGCAGCUGCUAACUGUGUGUUCAUGAAUCUAUCUGGAAAAGGACAAGUGUUGCUACACUGUACACCGGAGGAGUACCCAAACAGUGCCAAGGUUUUUGAGACGCUUAAGGACCACCUACUCUUUCCGGUCUCAAACAGUGAGAUGUCCAAAGUGGAUGGUGGUUUGUCUUGCUGCUCUGUACUCAUCAGCAAGACGGGAAGCUGAAUGCGCUCAUAGAGAGAAACUCCUGGUUACCGUGUCAUAAUAACAAAAACCAUAUUACGUACUGAAUUCACUGAUUAAUAGUCCUUGACAGCUGUAUGUGCUAUUUGCCUUAGUUGUCUGGCACUAAGUCAAUGUAAUAAACACAAUGUUUCUAAAUCUAACAUUUUAAUCAGGCAGUACCAGAAAUUAUGAAAUUAUCUAACCUGCUUAAGGACCUGAAAGCCCAUUACAUGUUCUGUCGUAUACAUUGUCCGUUUUUGUUUAAUUUACCCCAUCUUGUAUUUUUAAUGACACUUUUCAGUUAUCUUGUGCUGCUCUGUGUAAUAAACUGUGCAUAACUGA